CGUAUAUUCUCUGAAUUGACACGUCAAGCCGGACGAAGAACACAUAAAACGAAAUCAAAACUAGGAAAAAUACGUAACGUCUCCUGAAACUACAAAACGUCCCCCUUGACACUUGACAAGUAGUCGGGAAACGCUAGCCAGGAUGAGCCAAGUGCCGUGCUACACGAUAAUCAACUCGCCGGACCUGGAGGUCCCGAACGAGAUGCAGCUGAAGCAAGAUUUGGAGAAGGGCGACACGAACCACAAGAUCGAGACGCUGAAGAAGGUGAUUAAGCUGCUGCUCAACGGCGAACGCUACCCGGGUCUGAUCAUGACCAUCAUCCGAUUCGUGCUGCCCGUGCAGGACCAUACAAUCAAGAAGCUGCUGCUCAUCUUCUGGGAGAUUGUACCAAAGACAUCGGGCGACGGCAAGCUGCUGCAGGAGAUGAUUCUCGUGUGCGAUGCCUACCGAAAGGACCUACAACACCCGAACGAGUUCCUGCGUGGUUCCACGCUGCGUUUCCUCUGCAAGCUGAAGGAGCCCGAGCUGCUAGAGCCCCUGAUGCCCGCUAUCCGAGCUUGCCUGGACCACCGUCACUCGUACGUGCGCCGCAACGCAGUCCUGGCCAUCUUCACAAUUUACAAGAACUUCGACUGGCUGGUGCCGGAUGGGCCGGAGCUGAUCGCCAACUUUCUGGACACCCAGCAGGACAUGUCGUGCAAAAGGAACGCCUUCCUUAUGCUGCUCCACGCCGAUCAAGAGCGCGCCCUCAACUACCUGGCCUCGUGCAUCGACCAGGUGCACAGCUUUGGUGACAUUCUGCAGCUGGUUAUUGUUGAGCUCAUCUACAAGGUGUGCCAUGCCAAUCCCGCAGAGCGAUCGCGCUUUAUUCGGUGCAUCUACAACCUACUUAACUCAUCCUCCAACGCGGUCCGCUACGAGUCCGCCGGCACGCUCAUCACCCUUUCUCUGGCCCCCACCGCCAUCAAAGCCGCCGCCAGCUGUUACAUCGAGCUGAUCGUCAAGGAAAGCGACAACAACGUUAAGCUUAUUGUCCUAGACCGGCUGAUUGCCAUGAAAGAAAACGAGAACAUGGAGAAGGUCAUGCAGGACCUGGUCAUGGACGUGCUGCGUGUCCUGGCCGCCCCCGAUAUCGAGGUGCGACGCAAGGCCCUCGCCCUGGCUAUGGACCUGGUCUAUUCGCGCAACAUCGGCGAGAUGGUGCUGGUGCUCAAGAAGGAAGUGGCCAAAACGCACAACGUUGAGCACGAGGAUACGGGCAAGUACCGGCAGCUGCUCGUCCGCACCUUGCACACGUGCUCCAUCAAGUUCCCCGACGUGGCCGCGACCGUGAUUCCCGUCCUGGUGGAGUUCCUUUCGGACACCAACGAGCUGGCCGCCGCCGACGUGCUCAUCUUCAUACGCGAGGCCAUCCAAAAGUUCCCGGCCCUCAGCGGUCUCAUCAUCGAGCACCUCAUCGAGGCCUUCCCCCAGAUCAAGUCAUCGAAGAUUCACCGUGCCGCCGUGUGGAUCCUGGGCGAGUAUGUGGAGGGUCCGCAGAUUAUCGAAGUGAUUGACGCUAUCCAACAGACGCUGGGCGACGUACCCAUGGUGGAAGCGGAGCAGCGUCGCCUAUCCGGAGACCCAACCGAGGAGCAAAGCCAGCAGCAGGGAUAUCCAGCAGGCGUAUCCGGUAAUGGCAGCAGCAGCACCACCACCAGCACAACCAAUGCCAUCAACAAGGUCACCUCCGACGGCACCUAUGCCACCCAAAGUGCCUAUAGCCUAGCCCCGGUGGCCAAGGUGGAGAAGCGUCCACCGCUGCGACAGUACUUGAUGGACGGCGAUUUCUUCAUUGGCGCCGCCCUUUCAGCCACUCUGACCAAGCUGGCCUUGCGCUACGUGGAGCUGCAGCCAGACUCCAGUGCUCAGAACCGCCUGACUACGCGGGUGAUGCUAAUCAUGAGCUCUAUCCUGCACCUAGGCAAGUCCGGGUUCCCCAGCAAGCCUAUCACCAACGACGACACCGAUCGCAUCUUCAUCUGCCUGCGCACGCUGAGCGAACGCACCCCGGAGGCGGUCUCCGUGUUCAUGCACUACUGCCGAGAGGCCCUGGGCAAGAUGCUCGAUGCCCAGCACGACGAGGACCAGCGCGUUCUAAAGGAGAAGCAGCGCGCCACCGCCAAGGUCCAGCCAGACGAUCCGGUCCUCUUCGCCCAGCUCUCCAAUGGGCGCGAUAAUCAGCUGGGCGAGAACGUGUUCGAAUCCAGUCUGAACCAGGCUCUGGCCGGCACCAAAACGGCCCAGCUUAGCGACAUCUCAUCGCCCAACAAUAAACUCAACAAGGUCACCCAGCUGACGGGCUUCUCGGAUCCGGUCUACGCCGAGGCCUACGUCAAUGUUAACCAGUACGACAUUGUCCUAGACGUCCUCAUCGUCAACCAGACAAAUGACACCCUGCAGAACUGCACAUUAGAGCUGGCCACGCUGGGCGAUCUGAAGCUGGUGGAGCGUCCACAUCCGGUUGUGCUGGCUCCCCACGACUUCUGCAACAUCAAGGCCAACGUGAAGGUCUCCUCCACAGAGAACGGCAUUAUCUUUGGCAACAUCGUGUACGACACUGCUCUUAACACGAACGUGGUCGUGCUGAACACCAUACACAUCGACAUUAUGGACUACAUCAUUCCGGCCAGCUGCACAGACACCGAGUUCCGCCAAAUGUGGCAGGACUUCGAGUGGGAGAACAAGGUCACCGUCAACACGAGCUUCACCGACCUGCACGAAUAUCUGAGGCACCUGCUCAAGAGCACGAACAUGAAGUGCCUUACACCGGAGAAGGCCCUUUCCGGCCAGUGUGGCUUCAUGGCUGCCAACAUGUAUGCCAAAUCCAUCUUCGGUGAGAAUGCCUUGGCCAAUUUGAGCAUUGAGAAGCCCGUGGAUGACCCCGAUUCCAAGGUGACGGGCCACAUACGCAUACGCGCCAAGAGUCAGGGCAUGGCCUUGAGUCUCGGCGACAAGAUUAGCUCCUCGCAGAAGCAGUCUGUUCAGGCGGCUUAGUGGACAAACGGCCACCCCCAAGAGCGGCUUUAUAAUGCAACUUCAAAUUUUAAGCUUUAAAGCUUCUUCAAAUUGCAUUAUAUAUAUUACAUACAAUAUACAUUUAUUAUAUACCUU